AUGGCUCUCCUAUUCCUCAAACAAAAACUCUUCCCUUCCUCCCAGUCCAAAAACACAUCCGCAAAACCACUCCUCACAGACUCCUCCAACACUCCCACAGUCUACGACGACCUCGAAUCCCAACGCUCCUACUCGACCUUCAACUCCUCGACUCCCCACCACCAUGCCGACUCCGACGACGACACCGUCUCCGACUCCUCCAGCACCGGCAGCACCCGCUCGCGCAUCAACCCGCGCAUCGUCUCCGACGCCAUCCUGGGUCUGUCGGAUGGCCUGACGGUGCCGUUUGCCUUGAGCGCGGGACUCUCCGCCCUCGGCGAUACCAAAGUUGUUGUAUUAGGCGGAUUGGCCGAGUUGGCCGCCGGUGCGAUCUCCAUGGGUCUUGGGGGAUAUGUUGGCGCGAAGAGUGAAGCAGAAUCCUACGAAACCACCGUCCGCGAAACCAACGCCCUCAUCUCCGCCUCCCCCACAGAAACCAGUUCCAUCGUGCACUCGAUCUUCGCAGCCCAUAACAUCCCCGAAGCCGCGAUCGCCCAGAUCAACACCUCCCUCCACGCCUCACCCACCAACCUCCGCGACUUCCUCGUCGCCUUCCACCACCGCGAGUCCGCGCCCGACUGCAACCAGGCCUGGAUCUCGGCGCUGACCCUCGCCCUGGGGUAUUUCGUGGGCGGGUUCAUCCCGCUGAUUCCGUACUUUGUGGUGGAUCGGGUCAUCGUGGCGCUGUAUUGCAGUGUCGCGGUUAUGGCGGUCACGUUGUUGGUGUUUGGGUAUAUCAAGACGGGGGUGGUCCGGGGGUGGGCGGGGAGUGAGAAUAUCCUGGCUGGGCUUUGGGGGGGCGUGCAGAUGGUCUUUGUCGGGGGUGUUGCGGCUGGGGCGGCGAUUGCGUUGGUUAGGGUUAUUGGGGCCUAG